AUGCUCCCAUCCUUCAAAGCUUUUGCGCUCCUCGCCGCCGCCGCCUCAGUGUCCGCCACCAGCUUCAAGCUGAAGGUGCAUGUCACCGACUUUGACCUCACACCAUCCGUCGAGGGCCAAGAGGUCUCCAUCGAGCCUGACACCGGCUACGCGUUCCUUACCGCGCCCGGGUCUGGGGCUACCUUCACCGACCCGCCUAACAGCAUUGACACGAACGCUACGGGCUCUACCACGCAUAUCCACAUUACUCCCGGCGGUACUGCCACCGUGCCAAGUGUCAACGUCGUCACGUUCAGCGCAGAUGCGGGGACGCUGGGUGUUGCAAUCGCCAACGGCGUAUUGGUCUACGAAGGCGGUGUCUUCACUGCGUGCCCCGCUAGUGUCCUCGAAAAGGACGGCGACGACAUCUUAAUCAACUUCAAAGCCGCUGGCCAGCGCACACUGUUCGGCUGCGCGAACGUGGAGCUCCAGGAAGCGUAG